AUGCUAGCCUGGAUAGGAGCGUCCGCUGCUCAUAACAUCCAACUCAAAGCCCACUCGCGCGAAUGCUUUCACGAGAAGCUCCACAAAGGCGACAAGAUGACCGUCACAUUCCAAGUUGGAGACCGAGAGUUUGGUGGUAGCGGCAACCUAGAGAUUGAUUUCUGGGUCGAAGAUCCCGCCGGCAAUCGCCAAUAUUACAAAAACAGUGUUUCGUCAGAAGACUACUCGUUCACAGCGCAACGCGACGGAAAAUUCACCUACUGCUUUAGCAAUGAGGCUUGGACGUCGAACUCGAAGGAAGUCUCAUUUAAUGUGCAUGGAAUCGUCUACAUUCCCGAAUCAGAGAUGUUGCAGGACCCCCUAGAGUCCGAAGUCCGUCGUCUCUCCGAGGAGCUGUCUCAAGUCCGUGAUGAACAGUCCUACAUUGUUUUGCGAGAACGAGUGCACCGAAACACAGCCGAAAGCACAAACGCACGUGUGAAGUGGUGGAGUAUUUUCCAGCUUUCAGUUCUCAUUGGCGAGGGUAUUUUCCAGGUCUGGUGGCUAAAACGGUUCUUCGAGCCGCCGGCCAUUGAAUGCUUCCUCUUCGGCUUGAGCUCGAGCUUCAGCUUCAGAUGCUUUGCAGCCGACAAGUACAAGCACCAACAAAAGCAUAAUAGAGCUAGCCACAGGAUUAUGGCAUCAAAUUCGCCUAACCCACUCCCUUUCGCCGAGCCAUCCUACCUCCGUGGCCUACCAUCUCCUUAUUACAGCACGUCCCAUCUCCAAUUCCAGAAGAAAUGUCGCGCCUUCAUCUACGAAAACCUCAGUAAGCACGCUAUCGACUACGAACGGACCGGUUUUGUUCCAGACCAUGUCUUUGAGACCUUCGCCAAACAUAACAUGCUUCUACCUAAUCUUCCGUCUCCAUUGCCCGUGCAGUGGUUGAAGAGACUAGGGAUACACGACAUCCUGGGCGUGAAGAUCGAGGAGUGGGAUUAUCUACAUACGGGUAUAUACUUUGACGAGAUGAGUCGGUCAGGUAUUGCUGGUCCUCCUGCGUCGCUGUCUACAGGCAUGGCUUAUGGGGUCCCACCAAUAAUUAAAUAUGCAUCUGCAGAACUGCAAGAAAAAGUACUUCCAGAUUUAUUAACGGGCAAGAAAAGAGCCUGUAUCGCUAUUACAGAACCUGAUGCCGGAAGCGAUGUCGCUAAUAUUACUACUCUGGCUGAAAAGUCACCGGACGGGAAGGAGUAUAUAAUCAAUGGGACAAAGAAAUGGAUCACGAACGGAAUCUGGGCUGAGUACAGUACCAUGGCUGUUCGCACUGGACCUCCUGGCUCUGGAGCUACAGGCCUUUCUCUGCUCCUGGUACCUUUGAAAAGCUAUCCCGGUGUCUCGAUGCGGCCAAUCAAAAUCUGCGGAAACGAGACCUCAGGAACGACGUAUAUCGAACUGGACGAUGUGCGAGUUCCCGCCUCCAACCUGAUCGGCACUGAAGGCGCAGGUAUGCGAUACAUCAUGACAAACUUCAACCACGAACGUCUUUCAAUCGCUAUAGGAGCCACCCGUCAGGCACGAGUGGCAUUGUCGACCGCAUUUGAGUAUGUUCUCAAACGGGAGGCCUUUUCAAAACCGCUCAUUGAGCAACCGGUUGUACGGCAUCGACUAGCUAAGGCAGGGGCCGAGUUGGAAGCUCUAUCAGCCUGGAUAGAGCAGGUCCUGUACCAGAUGUCAAAACUCAAAAAGGAAGAUGCCGAUCGUCAACUUGGCGGACUAACAGCUAUGGCGAAGGCAAAAACAGGCAUGGUGCUCAAUGAGUGUGCACAGACUGCUAUGCUUCUCUUUGGUGGUAAUGGUAUGACUCGCACUGGUCAGGGUGAACUCAUCGAACGCAUAUAUCGGGAAGUACCUACGGUCAGGAUACCAGGUGGAUCGGAGGAUGUGUUGCUUGAUCUGGGGGCGAGGCAAUUAGUAAAAAUCUAUGAAGCUGGUGUGGAGCGGCUUAAAAGGGAUGCCAGGAUUUGA